CUUUCAACUUCCAUCCUAAUGUCAGACCUGUACCAUUAGAACUACAUAUACAGGGCUUCAACAUUACCCAUAAUGCAUCACGAUUAAUUGCUAUGGUGAAGCCAACUUACAACGCCAUUUUAAAACAUUCUCCAAAGAAGCCAGUCAUUGUGUUUGUCCCAUCAAGAAAACAGACCAGACUCACAGCAAUUGAUCUUUUGACGUAUUGUUCUGCCGAUGAGCAGGAAAGUCGGUUUCUUCAUUGCCACAAAGAAGAUCUGGAAGCUCAUCUUAGUAGGGUAUCGGAUGAGACUCUGAAAGAGAUGUUGGAAAAUGGCAUUGCAUACUUACAUGAAGGGUUGACAGAGGUAGAGAAGAAAGUGGUUGAACAGUUGUUCAUGGCACAAGCUAUACAAGUUGUGGUAGCAUCAAGAAGCAUGUGUUGGGGAAUCAACAUGGCUGCCCAUCUUGUGGUAGUCAUGGAUACACAAUAUUAUAAUGGAAAGAUUCAUGCGUAUGUGGAUUAUCCUGUAACUGAUGUAUUACAAAUGGUUGGUAGGGCAAAUAGACCCUGGAUACCCACAGAAGUUGGUAAAUGUGUUAUUUUGUGUCAAGGAUCUAAGAAAGAUUUCUUCAAGAAGUUUUUGUAUGAGCCACUUCCUGUUGAGUCGCAUUUGGAUCAUUGUUUACAUGAUCAUUUCAAUGCUGAGAUUGUUACCAAGACGAUAGAGAAUAAACAAGACGCAGUGGACUACUUGACAUGGACUUUUAUCUACAGAAGAAUGACUCAGAACCCAAACUACUACAACUUACAAGGUGUGACACAUCGUCAUUUGUCAGAUCAUUUAUCAGAAUUAGUUGAGAAUACAUUGAGUGAUUUAGAACAGUCCAAGUGUAUAAGUAUUGAAGAUGAAAUGGACGUGAGUCCCCUCAACCUGGGAAUGAUUGCUGCAUAUUAUUACAUCAAUUACACUACAAUCGAAUUCAUAUCAGGGUUCUUAGAAUCUCUACCUUGGUUCUUAGAAUCCAUAUCAGGGUUCUUAGAAGCUCUACCUGGAUUCUUAGUAUCCCUACCUGAGUUCUUAGAUUCUCUACCUGGGUUCUUAGAAUCCAUAUCAGGGUUCUUAGAAGCUCUACCUGGGUUCUUAGAAUCUCUACCUGGUCUUAGAAUCUCUACCUGGGUUCUUAGAAUCCAUAUCAGGAUUGCUAGCAGAUUGCCAAAUAAACUGAAUAAUCCCAAAUACAAUGAUCCCCAUGUGAAGACUAAUUUGUUACUGCAAGCUCAUUUAUCCCGAAUGCAGUUAUCAGCUGAACUUCAGUCAGACACAGAGGAUAUCCUCAGUAAGGCAUUACGUUUAAUUCAAGCCUGUGUUGAUGUACUCAGUAGUAAUGGAUGGUUAUCACCAGCUUUGGCUGCUAUGGAGCUAGCCCAGAUGGUAACCCAGGCAAUGUGGAACAAAGAUUCUUAUCUUAAACAACUACCACACUUUGCAAUGGAGAUCAUUAAGCGUUGCUCUGAAAAGGAUGUCGAAAGUAUCUUUGAUAUUAUGGAGAUGGAAGAUGAUGAUAGAAAUGGUUUAUUGCAAUUAUCUGAUGUUGAGAUGGCUGAUGUAGCAAGGUUCUGUAAUAGAUACCCCAACAUUGAGUUAACCUAUGAAAUACAAGAUAAAGAUGCAUUACACAGUGGUGAAGCAGUGAUCAUCGUAGUGACCUUGGAACGUGAAGACGAGAUAACAGGACCUGUCAUAGCUCCUUUCUUCCCUCAGAACCGAGAAGAAGGAUGGUGGGUUGUGAUUGGUGACACUAAAAGUAACAGUCUGAUAUCCAUCAAAAGAUUGACCUUACAACAGAAAGCUAAAGUCAAGUUAGACUUUGUAGCGCCCUCUACGGGAUCUCAUAGUUAUACUUUGUUUUUCAUGAGUGAUGCUUACAUGGGAUGUGAUCAGGAAUACAAAUUUAGUGUCAAUAUUAAACAAGCCAUGAGUGACAGUGAUGAUGAUAGUUCUGAUGAAGAAUAAAACAAUCUAUAAACGUCAUGUGUUUGCUGAUUAUAAUUGUAUGAGUAUAUUUUGUGACAACUUGUAACAUAUAUGGGCGUGUACUGUAAAAUGACGCUGGGUUUAAAUUUGGCUGAUUAACCAUCUCAGACAUAUUCAGUGGGCUUUAUCAUUUAGAUAAUGUGUUCUAUGCUAAAUUUUACAUAUUCACUGGGUUUUAAUUUAGCACAUUUUCCAGUCAGCGAAAUAAGCAAAAUUAAAACCCAGUGAAUAAUUAACCCCUUUACAGUAUUAUUAUCACUGUCACCUUAUUAGGACAUAAAUAGUUUCAGUGAUUCCCAUAUAUGGACAUCUAAUGUCACCAAAUAUGGGCAUAUGUUUUCAUUAUGCUGAUAUGAUACAACUACGUGCUUUGACUUUUUCUAUCUAUUAUUCUGGCUAUUGUUGUGUUCAUAUAUGGUGUCAAUGAUGACUGAAAUCUGAUAUAUAUCUUGUAUAUAGUAGUUGUAUGACUAGAAAUGUCUUGUAUUUCAGUGAAUAAUAAUCAGAAAGUGAUCAAUAUUAGAAUUGUGGAAAUCUGAUCUCAUGAGUUUGUGAUAAAUUGGAAUCUGGGUUUUAAGGGGGGAGCAUUUUGGAAAAACAAAUUGUCACCAAAGUCACAGCCAGGAUACAUGUAGGUGCCGUUUAGUAUUAAAAAAAAUUGAACAUUUAAAAAUCACUGUAAAUUCUUGAUAUUUGGCUGAGUGAAGGGUGAUAUCAAAUCAAUGACAAAAAACUAACAACCAGGUGUACCUGAACUUGUUUCUAAUAACACAAUGAUUGAGCCAUUUCCCUUAUAGCAUUGAGCCCUGCUCUGGUGGCCCUUUGAUAAAUGGGUAAAAUGCAUACAAGUGAUUUUCAUAAUUCAAAAUGUAGUUCAGCUCUCAAAAGUUUUUUUCUUAAAAAUUUAAACGGUGAAUUAAAAGAACAUUAUGUUCAUUUCAAGCUUAUUUUUGUAAGCCUUCUAUAAACUGAUGAUUUUCAGAUAUUUGACCAUUGCUAACUGGUGGUUUUCAUAACACUUUGAUCAUUUUGAGUUUCUGACAUUGAAAACUGAAACUGUUACUCUAAAUCUGGUUCUGUAAACUUGAACAUUGUAUAUACUUUGCUGUGUUCUAUCUCAAAUUACUGUUUGGUUGAAAAGAUACACAUCGUGAUAUUUGCAAAUCACUCUAACUAAUCAAGACUAUUAUAUUUGUAAACUUAUACAUCUAAGAUAAAAAAAAACUUUUAUUGCAUUCUGUCUUUUAUGCUAAAUAUGUUUAAAUAAAUAACUUUAGUUUUUAGGAUCU